GCGGACUGUUGAUUUUCAGUCUGUUAAAUGUUAAUCCGAUGAUUAUCUAGGCUGACUUUUCGAGAAGCCCCAGAGUUUUAUCUUAUGUUUUAUAUAGUGGGAGAAAAAACAAAGGGGUGAUGCUGUUCUGUUUCGAUUUGACUCUUUGAAGGUGACGGAGACUCUCCUCCUGCUAAUCGCGUGUCUCUUCAUCAGCAGACUUGUCCUGUUGGAUGGUUGUCCCCCUUUCCUGUUUUUGUUUGUUUGUUAUUGUUGUUUGAGAGAGUAUCUCCCGUAGCCUAGGCUGGCCUACAACUCUUUGUAGUCUAGGUCCUUGAACUCCCAAUCCUCCCAGGUUGGCUUUGAACUCAUCCUCCUCCUGUUUCAGCCUCCAAUGCUCAGAUUAUUGGCAUGAACCACCAUAGCAUACUGCCCUCUAUUCUUCUCUCUUCCUCUUUCUUUUCUUCACCCACUCUGUCCCCUCAUCUUUCCUCCUCAGUCUUUCUGCCCUCUAGUUCUAUCCUUUGUACCAGAGGUAGAGCCCAGGGUCUUGUCCAUUGUAAGUAGAUGCCCUGCCACUGCCCCCUGCCCCCACCAGUCCCAGACCUGCUUGCCUGGGGGAUGCUCUUUUCCUCAUAGUAUCUUCUUCCAUGAAGCUAGCCGCUGAGCAUGGCGACAAGAAGGGUAUUGGGAAGCUCAGGCUACAGAGAAGUCCUUGCAUGCAGCUGUAAGUGAGAUGCCAUACUGAGGGGUGCAGACUUCUUAGUGCUUAAGAGAGCUUUAAGGGUUACCUUCCAGGGCAGGGAUGUUUGUGGGCUGCUUGUGAAGGUUCAACAGCAAGUUCUCAGGUAGCCAAGGGCCAUUCAGGCAGAGGCUUUGGGGGCAAGGGGUGAUGGUGGGGUAGACAGCUCCCCAUCAGCCUUAAAAGUAAACCUAAAUAGAACCCUGUUUCUCAGUGAGAACUGGCUGGAUCAGAGAUGGUGGCAGUGGAACCAUUAGAAACACAGAGGCCUGGGUCUGUCUACUGGGAAUCCUGCUGAACUGGACCCAGCUCCUCAUUGCUCUCAGCAGAACGGACAAACCACCUGCUAAGGAGUAUUGAUUGUUAUUAUUGUUAUUUUUUAAGUACAGGCUUGAUGAUACAGAAAUAAUACCAGACUCACAUUUUCUAGAGGUGUGUGUGUGUGUGUGUGUGUGUGUGUGUGCAUGUGUGACUGUGUGUGUGUGUGCAUGUGUGUGUGUGUGUGUGUGAGACUCUGUGUGUGUGUGAGACUCUGUGUGUGUGUGUGUGUGUGUGUGUGUGUGUGUGUGUGUGUGCAGGUAUGUGUAAGCCAAAGAUCGGUGUAGUGUAUCUUUUUUCCAUUGUUCUCCAUGAUUAUUUUUUGAGAUAGAGUCUCUCAUUGGCCCUCCAGUGCCUUAAUUUGGCUGCUCUGGUUGGCCAGUGAGCUUCAGGGAUCUUCUAGUUCCUGGAGCCCCAAGGCUGGGUUUAGAGGUGGGUGUGACCACACCUGGUUCUUGGGAUCUGAACACAGGCCUUGUGCUUGCAUAGCACAUAUUUUACUGAAUGAGCCCUUACCCCAGCUCCCACAAAUGUUUCUUGUAACCUAAAACAGGCAGCAAGCUGGCUCAGUGAGUAAAAAGAAAUCUCAGGGACCUGAAUUCUGUCCCUGGACCACUUGUUGGGAAAGGGAACUGACAACAUAGUUGUCCCCUGACCCCCACAUAUAUACUGUGGGUAUCUCUCUCUGUCUCUCUGUCUCUCUGUCUCUCUCUCUGUCUCUCUCUCCCUCCCUCCUUCCCUUUCUCCCCUUCCCUCCCUCGUCCCCCCUCUUUCACACACACACACACUUGUACACACACACACACACACUUGUACACACACACACACACUUGUACACACACACACACACUUGUACACACACACACUUGUACACACACACACACACACACACAUACUAGUUGUACAUUUAAAAAAAGAUUAAAAUCAGGGACUUAAAUGAUACCCAGGGAGUUCCACUAAAAGGUCCUCAAAUAAGUGUGAGAAACGCAUUGUCUCAGACAGCGUAGAAGGUACGCUGGAGUUCCGAAGUAUCUGUGAUGAGGAAAAUCAUUAACUUAAUCACUUCUACUGGGACAUCCCUGGGGGUCUUCCAAAUUUAUUCCGCAGAGGAACCCAGUGCAGCUGUUAACACUGCAGGCUUAGCGGACUGCCUUCUGCUGAGUACUGUCUGGGAAAGCCAACCAAACUUCUCAGGCUCAACACUGCCUUAUCUGUGUUGGGAGGCCAGCUGUCUGGGCUUGCCUGAGAAUCUAGGAUGUCCUGGGAUAUAGGACUUUAAGAAUUAAGGUCCCGAGCCAAGCCUGGUGCUCUGUUUGUUUACCAUACAUAGGAAUUUUCCUUUUCCCUUAAAUACCAGCCUGAGCCCCAUUCUGAUGGAGCGGUUCCUAGCCUCGUCUGCAUCUCUGUACCCCAUCCCAGUGGCUGAGCUUGUGUCUAAAUUAGUCUGGGAUACUAUGGAAUGUUUUGAGGGUCCCCGAGUCAUUCUGUCACGUAUGAAAGUUGUUCAAAGCAAUUAAACGUGUGGAAAUGCAGUCCUGAUGUGCCACUUAUGGAUUUAUUUUAAUAUGCAAUAGAAAAGGAACAUUAUCCAUUAAAACGAAAAGAGCUGAAAUGCCACUCAGCAGCAUGCUGGGGGGAUCAUCGUCCUCUCUGCCCUGCUCUGCUCUGCUCUGCUCUGCUCUGCUCUGCUCUGCUCUGCUCUGCUCUGCUCUGCUCUGCUCUGCGGGAACACUCAAGGAGGGAUGGUAGGCUGGACAGACAGUGAGGAGCACAGGAGUCUGCUUAGCACAGGGAGUGGCCCAGGAGCUGUUUUUAAGGACAGUUUGGAAUGCUGAGCUGUUGAGAUGCAGACUGGUAAGGAGCAAAGGAGCUGCCCUCUGUGUCUCCCCGCCCUUCAGCGAGAGUCUGGAAAGAGAACCGAGGUGCUACUGCAGUGGAUGAGUAGAGAAGAGUCUGGCCUACCUCCUAAUAUCUCCAUGCUGGUGAUGAGAUUUUAGCAUGCAAAUGUCCUGGAGGCCACAAACAUUCAGACCAGGUCAUUGACUGAAGAAACAUUCAUAAUUCAGUCAUCCAGUGCUGGUGAGCUUGUCUGGCUAUAGGGAGCCUGCUGGGGGAAACUUACAGCUUCAGAAGACUCCUGGAGAGCCUCUCCCUCCACACUCUCCCUUUGAGCAGUCAGUGCCUCUCUGCUGGAGAACCUGUGCUGGGUGUGCCCCAGAGCUGGCUUUGACUGUAGCCUGUCAGGCUCUCCCUGGACCUCACGGAACAGCAUUGCCAGCCACACGGCUUCCAACAAAUCACCUCUUUUCAUGCUGUUUGGCACAGAUCGAAUCUACAGGUUAUACAAUGGUCGAUGGAGCAAUGAUCCUUUCUGUGCUAAUGAUGAUGGCUCUCCCUUCCCCGAGUAUGGAAGCACUAACUCUUCAUUCCCCAACCCAGUAUCAGCCAGAUGUACUUCCCAGUACCUUAGAUGAGGAGCCCAAGGUCAACCCGAAGCUUUACAUGUGUGUGUGUGAGGGCCUCUCCUGCGGGAACGAGGACCACUGUGAGGGCCAGCAGUGUUUUUCCUCCCUGAGCGUCAAUGAUGGCUUCCGCGUCUACCAGAAGGGCUGCUUUCAGGUCUAUGAGCAGGGGAAGAUGACGUGUAAGACCCCGCCGUCGCCUGGCCAGGCUGUGGAGUGCUGCCAAGGGGACUGGUGCAACAGGAACGUCACGGCCCGGCUGCCCACUAAAGGGAAAUCCUUCCCUGGAUCGCAGAACUUCCACCUGGAAGUUGGCCUUAUCAUCCUCUCCGUGGUGUUUGCGGUAUGCCUUUUCGCUUGCAUCCUUGGCGUUGCUCUCAGGAAGUUUAAAAGGCGCAAUCAAGAGCGCCUGAACCCCAGAGACGUGGAGUAUGGUACUAUCGAAGGGCUCAUCACCACCAACGUCGGAGAUAGCACUCUAGCGGAAUUACUAGAUCACUCGUGUACAUCAGGAAGUGGCUCCGGUCUUCCUUUUCUGGUACAGAGAACUGUGGCUCGACAGAUAACCCUGUUGGAGUGUGUCGGGAAGGGCCGGUAUGGAGAAGUGUGGAGGGGCAGCUGGCAAGGCGAAAAUGUUGCUGUGAAGAUCUUCUCCUCCCGUGAUGAGAAGUCGUGGUUCAGGGAGACAGAAUUGUACAACACGGUGAUGCUGAGGCAUGAGAAUAUCUUAGGUUUCAUUGCUUCAGACAUGACCUCUAGACACUCCAGUACCCAGCUGUGGCUCAUUACACAUUACCACGAAAUGGGAUCGUUGUAUGACUACCUUCAGCUCACCACUCUGGACACGGUUAGCUGCCUUCGGAUCGUGUUGUCCAUAGCCAGCGGCCUUGCACACUUGCACAUAGAGAUAUUUGGGACCCAGGGGAAGUCUGCCAUCGCCCACCGAGAUCUAAAGAGCAAAAACAUCCUCGUGAAGAAGAACGGACAGUGCUGCAUAGCAGAUUUGGGCCUGGCAGUCAUGCAUUCCCAGAGCACGAAUCAGCUUGAUGUGGGAAACAACCCCCGUGUGGGGACCAAGCGCUACAUGGCCCCUGAAGUGCUUGAUGAAACCAUCCAAGUGGAUUGCUUUGAUUCUUAUAAGAGGGUCGAUAUUUGGGCCUUUGGCCUCGUUCUGUGGGAAGUGGCCAGGAGGAUGGUGAGCAAUGGUAUAGUGGAAGAUUACAAGCCACCAUUCUAUGAUGUUGUUCCCAAUGACCCAAGUUUUGAAGAUAUGAGGAAAGUUGUCUGUGUGGAUCAACAGAGGCCAAACAUACCUAACAGAUGGUUCUCAGACCCGACAUUAACUUCUCUGGCGAAGCUGAUGAAAGAAUGCUGGUACCAGAACCCAUCCGCCAGACUCACAGCUCUACGUAUCAAAAAGACUUUGACCAAAAUUGAUAACUCCCUAGACAAAUUAAAAACUGACUGUUGACAUUGUCACCGGUGUCAAGAAGGAGAGUCAAUGCUGUCAUUGUCCAGCUGGGACCUAAUGCUGGCCUGACUGGUUGUCAGAACAGAAUCCAUCUGUCCCCCUCUCCCCCCAACUCCCGAAGUGGCUGCUUUGACAAAAGCAGAUGUCUCUUCCCAGCCAUGUUCCGGGGGAGACACCAAAACCACCCUAACCUCGCUCAGAAACUGUGACUCGAGCACUUGAUGAACUGUUCACACCACAAAGACUAACGGUGGGCAGGUAUGUUUGCAAGGGGGAGGGAAGUGGAGGAGCACAGAGAGAUCCUGCAGGAGAUCUGGGCAUUAGGACAGUGGCUCUUUGCGUAUCUUCCACGGGUCUCCUAGACUCGCCCCACGGGAAACUCAAGGAGGCGGUGAAUUCGUAAUCAGCAAUAUUGGCUGCGCCUACUCUUCUCUGUUGCACUAGGAAUUCUCUGCAUUCCUUACUUGCACUGUCGUCCUUAAUCUUAAAGACCCGACUUGCCAAAACAUUGGCUGCCUACUUCACUGGCCUGUCUCUGGACAAUAGGAAUUCAAUCUGGCGAAACAAAAAUGUAAUGUUGGACUUUGCUGCAUUUUACACACGUGCCGAUGUUUACAACGAUGCAAACAUUAGGAAUUGUUUAGACACAACUUUGCAAAUUAUUUAUUACUGGUGCACUUAGCAGUUUUUGUUUUUUUGUUUUUUUUUUGUUUUGUUUUGUUUUUAUAUAUAAAACUGCCUCGUGCGUAUGUUAAAGCUUAUUUUUAUGUGGUCUUAUGAUUUUAUUACCGAAAUGUUUUUAACACCCGAUUCUGAAAUGGAUGUUUUCUUUUAUUAUCAGUUAAAUUCACAUUUUAAAUGCUUCACUUUUUUUUUUAUGUGUGUAGACUGUAACUUUCUUUUCAGUUAGUAUACAGAACGUAUUUAGCCAUUACCCAUGCAACACCACCCAAUAUAUUACUGAUUUAGAAGCAAAGAUUUCAGUAGAAUUUUAGUCCCAAACGCUGUGGGGGGGAAAUGCAUCUUCUUCGGAACUAUCCAUUACGUGCAUUUAAACUCUGCCAGAAAAAAAAAUAACUAUUUUGUUUUAAUCUACUUUUUGUAUUUAGUAGUUAUUUGUAUAAAUUAAAUAAACUGUUUUCAAGUCAAA